GCUUCGCCAAUGAACCGGCAGCCAAUUCCGGAUGCUGGGCGGCAGUUGUCCGCCUAUUACAGGUUGCUUCGGGAAAAGGAAUUGGAUUUCGACCAGUAUGAUUGCUCUCUAGAUGAAUUGAAAGAUUUUUGCGGCAUGGCGGACAAGAGCUGGCUUUUGUUGGAGUGUGCGAGCGCCACUGAACUGGACAAGAGUCUGGUCAAAGCAGCAACGCAAAACAAGCUCGGAUACCAGAACAUUCGAUCAGCCUUGUUGUCACUCCACGAAGACCGUGGUAUGCGAGGGAUCAACAAUCCUCCCAAGGGUUUUGGACGGGGCAAAGGACAUAUGGCAAACAUAGUGGAAGAGUUUGAGGGUGAGGACAUGCAGUACCAAGACUAUUGGAGCAGUAGUCAUGACUAUCCUGAGGGUGAAUACCUUGAGGAUGGUUACUAUGGUGAAGAGUUUCAGGAGACCGCAGAUGAUCCUCAAGCAGAAGAGUCUGAGGUGAAUCCAGAAUCCAUGACCGAGGACCAAGCUUUGCAUGUGAUUUCACAGCUUCAAGAAGAAGAGAAAGAGCUGAAUGCCAUGAUGGUUGAUGCUCAGCGCAACUUGGAGCAAGCUAGACGUGCAGUCCAAGAAGCAAAGAAGGAUCGUGGCUGGAAGAGCUCAGGUUCAAAGGGUUCUCCACCACACGGUUCCCAGAAGGGCGCCAGCACGUUCAUGCAGGGCAAGGGACAUCGGUCACAGACCAAUUUCUUUCAGCAGAAGGGGCAUGGGUUUCAUGGCAAGGGCGGCUACCACAACCGUCCUUUCGGUUCCUCUGGUUGGCGUCCACCGCAACAGAAUCGUUUUGCAGGGCGUUCAAACUUUCAGAAUAGGAAUCAGAUGUCUCAGAGACCUUCCUCUCAUGCUGGGAUGUUCAUGGAGCCUCAAGAGCACCACAUGAUGACUAUGACAGACAUGAUCCCCAAGGCAGAAUUCUCACCAGACCUUUCCUUUUUCCCAGUGAGCCAAGCGGAUUCACGUGCUGCCAUCCGACCUGAAGAGGCUAUCAUCGAUUCAGGUGCAACAGUGUCAGCCGGUGGCGAGACAGCUGUGAAGAACCUUCUCCACAGUUUGGCCCAAUCGCGGCCAGACCUUAGCUUGACAGUCGUCACAGAAGAUCGGCCAUAUUUCCGCUAUGGUUCGGGAUCAUGGGGUCAGGCUAGUUACAAGGCGGCAGUGGAGCGCGCUUUGGCCUCAGCUUCGGCGAAAGUGACGCCGAAG